AUGUGUGGAAGAUACGUUCUGAGACUGCGCCCGGCCGAGGUGCGCAAGCAGCUUGAGCAGUCGCAGAUGCCCUCCGAAGAAGCUCCAGACGACGAUCAAGUCCGGUCAACUUACAAUUUUGCUCCUAGCUACAAUGGAAUCGUCUACAGAGCUGAAGUGCCCGAUUCCGGUUCAAGGAAGUCUGAUAAGAAAGACGAGAGCACAGAAAAUGUCCCGGCCGCCGAUGAAGCCAGCACAUCACAAGAUACUAGGUACAAGCUGCAAGCGAUGAAAUGGGGUCUCAUUCCAUCUUGGAUGAAACGCAAGCCGGAUUACGGUUCUAUGAUGAAAACGAUCAACUGCCGUGACGACUCGCUCGCCGAAAACCGGGGCCUUUGGAACUCGAUGAAACAUCGGAAGCGUUGCAUCGUUGUGUGCCAGGGCUUCUACGAAUGGUUGAAGAAGAACGGCGGCAAGGAGAAAGUCCCCUACUUCGUGAAGCGAAAGGGUGGGCAGCUGAUGUGCUUUGCGGGGCUGUGGGACUGCGUCAGGUUCGAAGGAUCGGAAGAGAAGCUCUACACCUACACGAUCAUCACCACAGAUUCCAACAAGCAGCUCAGUUUCUUGCACGAUCGCAUGCCUGUCAUCUUAGAUAACGGCUCUGAAGCACUCUGGAAGUGGCUUGACCCUGGCCGUACCGAGUGGAAUCGAGAGCUGCAGUCGCUUCUCAGGCCCUUUGAUGGCGAACUCGAGUAUUACCCCGUCAGCAAAGAGGUGGGGAAAGUUGGAAAUGACUCGCCUUCCUUCAUUGUCCCAGUCGACUCCAAGGAGAACAAGAAUAACAUUUCAAACUUCUUCGACAAGCAAAGGAAAGCUGCUCAAGGUAGUGGCGAGGCCAAGGUUGUCACGCAAGAAAACCAGGUUGCUGGCGCGAAGAUUGACAAGCCCGGGCACGUCAAAGGUGAGGCUCGUGGCACCUCGGACGAAGAUGGCACGGAACACAAUGCACCGUUGCCAGCUCCCUCUGGGAACGGGGACAAGCGUGGUAUCAAGCGGGAGCACGAAGACGCAGACGACAAAGAUGAAACGUAUGGCUCAACGCAUGGCUCACCGCCGCCCCAGAAGGCAGCCAAGACAGGCGGCCAGGCCAGUGUCUCUCCCGAGAAAAGCAAGGCGAACGACUCGACCAAGCCAGGCAGGAAGACGAGAAGCGCCACAAGCAACGGCACUACACAAAAGAACAGGGGGGCGACCGCGGGCGACGGCAGUAGGAAGAUCACGGCUUUCUUCGGAAAGUGA